AUGGCUGUUAGUUUAGGCCAAAGCAGAACUUUCACCGAAAACCUUUCGAGGAAUGAUUACCUAGCAACUUUCCAUGCUCACCAACACAUAUUAUUAAACCUUCUUGCCAGAUUCGGAAGAGAUAUGUGUGCUGCAGAAUAUCAUCAGCCAUUUCUUCUUGGACCUGAAUCAUGUACUCCGCUUCUAGGUUUAUCAUCGGAUGUAAUUGAAGAGUUCUUGGAGCAUACUCCGGUUCCUGUCAGAUGGUAUCCUAAGCUGUUUGCUUGGGAAUCAAGACAACUAUGGCUCCUUUCCGGUGCUUCAAUAGUGGUUUCAGUUUUUAAUUACAUGCUUACUUUUGUGACUCUCUCAUUCACAGGUCAUUUGGGUGCACUGGAGCUUGCCGGGGCAUCCAUUGCCUGUGUUGGAGUUCAAGGGCUUGCUUACGGCAUCAUGCUGGGGAUGGCAAGUGCUGUUCAGACGGUUUGUGGGCAAGCUUAUGGAGCAAAAAAUUAUGGAGCCAUUGGGAUCAUUUGCCAGAGGGCCAUUCUUUUACACAUUGGAGCAGCAAUGAUCCUCACACUCCUAUAUUUGUUCUCCGGUGUGUUCCUCAAAGCAAUAGGACAGUCCGACAGGAUAGCCGAACUUGGCCAUGUUUUUUCCCUGGGACUCAUUCCUCAGCUCUAUGCGUUUGCUAUAAGUUGUCCAAUCCAGAGGUUUCUGCAGGCUCAGAAUAUCGUGAAUCCUUUAGCUUAUAUUUCUAUAGGUGUGUUCCUAGUGCACCUGCUGCUGACUUGGCUGGCGGUAUAUGUCCUUAAUUAUGGGAUCUUAGGAGCUGCUCUGACACUUAGUUUCUCUUGGUGGCUACUGGUGUUUUUCCAAGGACUUUAUAUAGUUCUUAGUCCAUCCUGCAAAGAAACUUGGAGUGGUUUCUCAAGAACUGCAUUUAGAGGCAUGUGGCUGUAUUUCAAGUUAGCGGUUGCCUCUGCUGUCAUGUUGUGCUUGGAGAUAUGGUACUUCCAAGGUCUUGUUCUGAUAUCUGGCCUUCUUUCUAAUCCCACAAUUGCACUAGAUUCCAUCUCCAUUUGCAUGAAUUAUUUGAACUGGGAUAUGCAGUUAAUGCUGGGGCUUUCAGCCGCUGCAAGCGUCCGAGUCAGUAAUGAACUAGGUGCUAGCCACCCAAUGGUUGCAAAGUUCUCAGUCAUCGUAGUUACCACAACUAGUGUCAUGGUCAGUGCAGUGUUUGCGGCCAUUGUGCUGAUAUCCAGAGUUGGAUUAAGUGAGCUCUUCACGAUGAACUCCCAAGUCAUUGAAGCUGUCUCAAAUUUGACCCCAUUGUUAUCCAUGUCUGUUUUCUUGAAUGGCAUUCAACCCAUACUAUCAGGGGUAGCAAUAGGGAGUGGAUGGCAAGCUGGUGUUGCCUAUGUGAACUUGGCUACAUACUACAUCAUUGGUCUUCCAGUUGGCUGUGUUCUUGGCUUCAAAACCUACUUAGGAGUAGCGGGAAUCUGGUGGGGAAUGAUCAUUGGAGUUUUGCUUCAAUCAUCAGCUCUCUUUAUUCUGACAGUUAAGACAAACUGGAAUUCUGAGGUUGCAAAAGCAGCUGAUCGCAUAAGGGAUUCUAUAACCGAAGAAGGCUGUGAAGUUGCAGGGAAUAUUUGA